CAGGGGCGGACUGACAACUCAUGGGGCCCCCGGGCAAUAGGGGAUCAUGGGGCCCCUGUGUCCUUGCCAAAACUCAAAAAAGCCUAUGAAAAAGGUACCAGGUGCAUCUCAUGGGGCCCCCUACUGACGCCGGGCCCUCGGGCAGUGACAGAGUUUCCAAAUGGUCAGUCCGCCCCUGGUUGCUUAUAAGAAAAGGAGCAGUACAGUGAUAGUAUGGGUCGUAUGCCCGACAUCUUAUACAACAUCUUGAUCUAAUUUGCAAACAUUUUUGGUACAACCAAAGCUUAGCUUUACAUAUACUUCUGUACAGGAACCU